UUAAUCUUAUUAAAGUUAAUUAUUAAAUUGGCGAAAAUCGUUAAAAUGACGUACUAUUGAUUAGGGGCCUUAUUGGUUAUGGGCCUAUGAACCGCGACCAAUCAAAAUUUAGUCAGUAUUCAAUGCAAGUAUGGCCGCCUUGCCGUCACCUACGCAGGUGGCUGGGAGCCACAGCGCCAUAUAUGAGGCCUAUUAUCACCAGGUGGACCCUAAUGGCUACGGCAGAAUUGGGGCGAUGGAGGCAGCCAGAUUUUUGAAAAAAUCUCAGCUGAGCGAUGUUGUUCUUAGUAAAAUAUGGGAUAUGGCUGAUCCACAGUCUCGGGGUUCGCUGGACAAAUCGGGACUUUUUGUAGCACUAAAACUUUGUGCUCUAGCACAGGCUGGUCGUGAUUUGAGCAUGACCAAUCUGAGCUUGGAAACAGCUCCACCAAAAAUGGGCGAAAUUCCGGUCAUUCCACAAAAAACCAAGCCGGUAUCCCCAGCGGUUAUAACAUCUAUAAGUAAUGGAGACUGGUCGAUAAAUCCAACAGAACGUGCAAAAUAUGAUCAACUGUUCGAUAGCUUACAACCCGUCAAGGGAUUCAUCCCAGGCAAUAAAGUAAAAGGUGUUCUUAUGGAUAGUAAACUUCCUCUAGAUACUCUCGGCAAAAUUUGGGACCUUGCUGACAUGGAUAAAGAUGGAAUGCUAGAUAGGCAUGAAUUCGUUAUCGCAAUGCAUUUGGUCUACAAAGCGCUCGAGAAAUAUGCUAUUCCCAGCAUGCUCCCACCAGAAUUGCUUCCACCAGGCAAAAGAAAAGAAAUCAUGGCACCAGUUUCCAAAUCUCCAGUUCCAUCCAUGGUUGGGGCUCCGCCACCAAUUCCACCCUUACCUACUGUACCUGCACCAAAUAAUCUUGUUGGCUUAGAUCCUGUGAAGGCAUCUGUUACUCCACAUUGGGUAGUGUCAGCUGAAGAUCAAGCUGCAGCGGACAAACUCUUCGCACAAGCAGACAUGGACAUGGAUGGGUUUGUGUCCGGAUCUGAAAUAAAGGAUGUUUUUUUGCAGAGUGGACUGCAACAACCCGUUCUGGCUCAUGUCUGGGGGCUCUGCGACAUUUGUCAAAGCGGUAAACUAAACAAGGAACAAUUUGCUUUGUCGAUGUGGCUUAUUAAGCAGAAGCUGAGAGGUAUCGAUCCACCAGCUUCGCUAACACCUGAAAUGAUGCCACCUUCGUUGAGAAAGCUGACAGAUAAUGUUGUGGAAAAUAAUAAUGUGUCAGGAUAUUCAAACCCAGAGCUGGAUAUGAUAAGCAAAGACAUAGCUGAGCUUGUGCGUGAAAGGCACACCAUGGAGCAAGAUAUUGCGCAAAAGGAAGCUGACAUUAAGAUAAAAAAUGGAGAGAUUAAAAGCCUUCAAAGUGAACUGGAUACCUUGGCUGCAACCUUGAAGCAAUUAGAAAACCAAAAAGGAGAAGCCCAGAAAAGGCUCAAUGAUUUGAAAGCACAGAGAGCUGAUGUAGAUAAAGAGUUGAGUGAGAUCGAGCACGAGAUUCGGGAGGAACAAGAAAAGGUAGAUAAACUCCGUCAACAGGCAGAGGAGCAAGAAUCCGUUCUUCGAACCCAAGAAGAUGAGCUUAGUUCUAAGAGACAAGAGCUUGAAGGUCUUCGAUUAGAAGAACAACAAUUAGAACAGCAACAAGUAAAAAGUAAAGAUCAGCUGAACGAAUUGACGAAAAACUUGCAAGAUACUCAAUUGCAAAUCAGCCAGGCAAAAGUAAAAAUUACUCAUUUGGAGGAACAGCAGAGACAAAUGACCGAUGCCAUAGCGUUGUAUGAUUCAGCUUUAGCAGCUGCAGAUGCAAGUCUUGUUCCCGACGCUAGUCUUCGAUUUGAGCCAGAUUUUCAAGAUGAACGCUUCAAAGUGGACGACGAUCAAAGUCCAACCAAAGUUAAUGGAUUUGAACAGAAGAAUGGCGAUCCUUUUUCAAGUGCAAAUGGACUCAGUGAUUCUUCUGGAUUUGAGAACCAAGAUCCGUUUACGUCGAAUAAAGGGAAAGAAGCUUUUGGCGCCCAAGAUGCGGAUCCAUUCGGAAAUGCUUUCAAUUCACAGCCAAAUGCUGAGCAAUUUGCGAAUGAUCCGUUCUCAGGAUUCAAUAACGGAAAUGGUGGAAAACAAGAUCCCUUUGAUCCCUUUGGAGAUGGCAAAAGAAGUAAUUCCAAGUCACCAGCAGCGGUAGGAGCGCAGGCCGUAAAAGAUCCGUUCGGUGAUGAUCCAUUUGCAAAUCUACACGCUCCGGUUCGUCCAGAAAGCCCAAGUCCAGCUUUACCUCCUAAAAAAGCUAAACAACCGCCGCCAAGACCAGCACCUCCCAGACCUUCGCAAGCCCCUUCUGGCGGGCUUGGCAUGGGUCCCAUGCGUGCUGCGCCUGCUCCGCCUACGCCUUCUCCGACUCCAGAUCCCUUCGUUAAUGCGAAUUCAGAUCCAUUCGCUGCACAACUGCCAGUAGCAAACAACAACAACGAAAUUGCUUUUACCACAUCUACUUCUUUUAAUGCUGGUUUUGCUGAUUUUGCCAACUUCGAUGCAAAGCCAGAACCAGUUCCUAGUCGACUGGCACCGCCGAGACCAGCCAGCAGGCCACUAACAACGGCAACAUCAGCUCCGAAACUUCCAGACUUCACCGAAGAUCCAUUCCGAGACUACAGAUACGAGGAUCCGUUCAAUAUCACAGAUCCAUUCCAAGACGAAAUAGAGGAUGCGAACGCGAACAAAAAAAUCGUUGGUACUGGUAAGCUCGAUCCUUUUGGAUAUGAAGCCGAUUCAAGGUUUUCGGGCAAAGAUUCAUUUCCAAAAGGUUUUGAUUCUGAUUUUUCAAACACAUUUCCGUCAACAAAACACAAAACCGACAAGGUAAUAAAGACAUUUGAUACAGAUUUUGGAAGCGCUUUUUCAGAUUCUAACAAAAAUACUAGAGCUUUUGAAGCUGAUUUUGCAAACAAUUUUGUUGAUCCAAAAUCUAAAACGAACGAUAUCAACGACGCGUUUACCAGUAAGUUAUCUUCUGCUGAAAAGUCAAGCAAAAAGUCCAGCUUAGAUUUUACGCACGUUUUCAAAGAUAAACUUUCAUUCGGUGAUAAAAAAAAUCGACACAAUAAAACGUGGAAUGGUAAUAGCGGAUCUAUCAUGUUAACUGAGGAAGAACAGUUGGCAUUAGCCGCGAAACAAAGCUUGAAAGCUGAAGAGGAAAGACGUAGACGUCGAGAACAAGAAGACGCGGACUUAGCUCGUGCUAUAGAACUUUCUAGACAAGAAAAAUCUGGUAAACUUUAAGACGUUAGCAAUUGAAGCAACUUAUUUCAUCCCAUUAAUUCAAAUAUCAUGGUUUCAAAAAUUAUUUCUCUUUGUUGCUAUGAGAUACAGUGAUUUCAAUUUGUAUUUGUUUUUUUGCUAGAAAAACAAACUCCUCAGUUUCAACCCUUCAAUUCAAUAUUUAAAGUAAUAGAUUUACCUGGAAUUCUUAUAAAUUACAUUCUCUGAAUUUCGAUUUCAGUAUAGUAAAAAUAGGCAAUCGAAACAACUGUCAACAUAAAUUAAUAUCAUUCCCUGUUGAACUCUGUCUGUGAAUUCGAAAAAAAAAACGAAAUUCGAUUAGUUGUUCAUCGAGCUAUGCGAUGAUCACAGAUACAUGCUAAAGGUGCUUCUUUCAUGAGAUUAUGACACGCUACAAAGUUACGCUGCAACUUUUCAGCCACCAAAAAACUUCACUCUGAGUUCAGAUGAAUACCAAGUGAAACUAGUUUAACUGUGACUAAUCACUUAUUACAAGUAGAAUACUUAUCUGAUUUGUUAUUUUCAAAAUCAAAAUUCAUUUUUUACUCUUAUUUUGACUCCAUUGACUCACCAAGCGGAAUUCGAUUCAACAGCCAGUCCUCUCAAGUCUCAGCAAGUCAGAUUAUUGUCGCAAUUGAUUUGCAGUUAAAACAAUGAAGGUAUAACCGAAUGUGUCAUCUGCGUUGAGUCGCAUGAUCUAUGGCAUGUUGGUCUUAUUGAUACGAACGCUUUCAAUUCAAGGACAAACACAUGAAAAAGUUAUUGUUCCCCAAAGAAUACCAAAUAAUUCUACAAUUCUUUAUCCAUACAUCGUCUGUUGCUACACCGUUCAAAGUAAUUGGGGACUUGAUAUUUUUAAUCAAUAUUCGGUGCGUAAUAGUGUAUGGAGAUGCUAGAAAUUAAACUAUUGUUAUCGUUGCCAUAUCACUUUAUUCGUUAACAGCAUUAUUCUGUAUACUUGAAUCACGAUGUAGACUACACUGUACUAUGUUAAAUUUUCAUAAACAUUAUUCUCCAAAAAAGCUAUCUAAUGUGCACGAUUAUAUCUCAAGGACUGGACCAUAAAUAACAUGCAUCGAUGCAGAUUAGAGAAGAAUAAAAUAUUAAUAUAAAUUUGUCAAUGGUUUUGUUACAACGUCAAUCGUUAUAAUCAAUAUUUGAGAACAAUAGCUUUCGUGCAAAUAUCAUUCUUUUUUUUCUUUGUGAAGGUUUUUUCCUCAUUCUCGUUACUGUGUUUUGAUAAAUUUGUGAAAUCAAAGCAAUAUAUCGUGUAAUUGAAUAAAAAAAAACUAUAUAUUUAUAACUUCUGAGGGACUUUUGUUGUGGCUUAUAACAAAUUAUAGAUUUCAUUUCCACGCUACCAGGGGAUAUUGGCCAAAUGUUGAGGAAAAGAAAACCUUAAAAAUUCUAAAAUUCGUUAUUCUCUCACGUAACUUACUCGUUCAUUAUAUAUGUACAGUCCAAUAUUUAAAUAAGUUCUGUAUGACAUGUGUUAGGCUGUUCACUCAUCAAUAGGCAUAAACAACUUUGCCUCAGUAUUUCAAUGCUCGCAUCGCAUUAUAUUAUGCUUCAGAGGAAUGCUUUGUGAAAAAUCGUGCUAAUUUUGGCAUGAAAAACGACGGUGUUGAAGCUGAUGGUGCUUAAAAUUCAACCUAUUCGUAUUCUCAUUAUUCACUUUUGGGACUCAAUCAAAAGCGUUAGAAUUUCAGAAUUUGAUAUAUGUAUAAUUAUGAGCUCUGUCGAAAAUAUUAUAACAUAUUGAUGUGUUCCCAUAUUAUCAAGGAACUUUCUGAGCCAAAUACGUGUCAUUCAUUGCUUCAUAUACAUAGGUAUACUGUAUGCCCCUGAAGUAAAUAAUAAUAUCAUAACGUGCUUUUACACUAUACAUAUACUAUUAUAGCAUACCAAAAAAGAUUGAAAAAUAUAAUAUAUAAUCGAAAUAUAGUAAACACAGAUUAGUGGAAAGACAAUAAUGUCAGGCGGAUAUCAUAGAAAUUGAAUAUAUUAGUCAAAGGCAUAAAGCAUUCUGUACUAACAUUUAAUUUCCAACAAACGAAUAAAAAAACAAAAAGCGUAAAAAUUUAGAAUGAAAAUACGGGAAGAAAUAAUAGAAAAAAAACAAAGGAAAUAACAUUAGAAUAAAUGAAAGAUGAAAAAUAUUUUAAAUAAUCUAUAUUUCAUUGUAACGCGUAAACGGGAGAUUUUUGUAAUUUUUUUUUCAUCCUACAAUCACAAACGACUGUUCUAUUAUGCGGUGAAGGUAACGUGUUUGCUUGCAUAAAUGCUAGUCUGUUUGUAACGUUGUCCUUUUUGCCUUCGGAAGAAUUUCAUAGUUUUGUCUGUAAAUUGCAAUAUACACAAACGUAUCGAUGAAAAUCCGCUUUCUUCUAUUUCUUGGUGUACAAAAAAAUCUGAAAAAUCUUCUACCAACAAUUUCUAACGAAAAAUAUGUUCUAUGAGACGAUAUGAUGGAAAAAAGUUUAUAUCAAACGGAGAGUGCUUUAUCGUUAUAAUCAAUCAGUAUAAACAUAAAGCUCUAUAUGGACUCUACAUAUCGGGAAUUCCACGUUAAUUUGUUGAACCAAAAACAGUGACCAUUUUUUCUACCAUCGGCUGAACACAGAAAUUUGAAAAAAAAACCCAAAGAAGUGUUUUGAACUAACAAUAAGAGCGUUCGUAUAAAAUAUCGCUGAAAAAAUGGAAGAGGGUCACUGUUUUUGGAUCAUCGGAUUAAGGUGGAAUUUCCCAUAUUUAUUUAUAUAUUUUCUUUGUUUAACUUGGAUUCUCGAGUUGGAGAAAAAGUUAAAACAAUUACUUACAUGUACCUUUUUUCUGUUGCCUUGUUUAGUUAUGGAUUGGAUAACCACUUUUUUUUGUUCGUUAUGUAUAUUUUUGAUUAAAACAAUGACAGAUUACUUUUUAUUUUCCUGGAUUAAAAAUAUUAUCUUCGUAUCUUAAAUUAUUAGUUACUAAAAAAGUUUUCGCGCAAUUCAUCGUAAUUGACUCUUGAUACCGGCGACAAUUUUGAAGCAUUUCACGUUUCAAGGGGUUCUUCAUUACGUGCGUUAAUGACCAACUUUAUUUAUUUUACGUAUCCGACUCCGAUUAUGUAUUUCAUGUACACAUGUUAAUCAUAGGCAUCUGAAACUUUUUUGUUUUAAACGAAAAGGUCCUAACUAGUAUCAAUUUCAGUAUCUGAUGAUUGUUCUAUCCGUAUAAUCUACGAUUCAAAAUAAUACUUAUGGCAGAUUCUGCGAAAUAAACAUAAUCAGGCUUUACUGUUACUGCGAAAAUAUUGAUACGAUUUAAUGAUGCUUCUGAUCUGUAUCAAAGACGUUGAUCGUUCUCACUUGACAUUAAUCAAGAAAUUAUUCUAAUUAGCAUUAGCUAUAUCAUUAUUAGUUACGACCCAAAGAUAAUGGUGUUCAAAUUUCUAUACCUCUGAAUGGAUUUUAAUUUCAAUAGUUUUCUUUUGUUUCUUCAAUGGAAUCGUCUAUCAAUUGUAUUUUCAUUACUCUUUGUGUUAGUUUUGGUUUCACCGCCUCCGAUUCUUAAGGAUGGGCCGAUAUAAUGUAUAUAAACUAUUAUUACUAUCAUUAUAAUGCUAAUAACAACACGAAAGGAAGAAAAAAAAUCAUAAUAAUAACAUUAACAAUAACGUUAACAUUAAUCAUUUAAUAAAAGUUAUACUGUAAAUUUAUUAUUACAUUUAAAUCUAUUCGAAUGUAAUCGUAAGAAUGGUAUGUACAUUAUAAGGAUCCCUGUAUAUAUGAUAAGAGUAUUGUAUUAUCUGUUUAGAACAAAUGUUGUGUAUUAAAACACAAGCAUUAGUCGAAAUUUAUCGUUUCAUUUAACGUUAAGUAAAAAAUACAGCAUAAUGUGCGCCUAAGCAAAUUUAGGUUUAAAGUGACAUCGUGCAUCAAAAUUUAGGAAGGAAAUGAUCAGAUGAUUGUUUACUUUGGUUCAAAAUUAUUCUCAGUUAUCGCAGUGGUGUAUCGACAACUUAAAAAUAAAAAUAAUACUCAGAUGAAAGUGUCACUGUCCGAAAAAUGACCAGAAAUGAUGAAUCAACUGGACUUGCAUUUUUCUUUCAAAUAAUCAAACGGGACUAGCAUUCGAUAGAAUUAAUCUGUUGUUGUUCACUACCAACGUGAUGAAUGUUCCAAUUCUAAUAUCCUGUUCGAAGAAUCUGAAUAAGAAGUUCUGCGCGAUCGAUGAACGUCGUAUAUGGUAGUAUAAAUCUAAAAUUGGCCUCACAACUUGCCACUUAGAGAGAAAAAUCGAAAAGCCGAAACUGGAACCACUUCGUUUUCGAAUUUCUACUUCCAUCAUUGUUUGCUCUCUUCCCCGGUUAAAAUUCAUGACCAAUCAAUUAAUACUGUUUGAUUUGCCGUAGUCACGACUUAUUUGAAUGUAUGUUUGCUAUGGAAUAAGUGAUCGAUAUGCAUACCAAUGAUUGAAUAAUGUUUGGGUCUUUCUCAUGUAUCCAUUUAUAAUCAAAUCAUUCAUAUCAUACCUCAUAGUACACACAUACACACACAAAUAUAUUUGGUAUGUACCUAUAUUUUUCAAAUUAAAAUGUCCUUUGGCGAAAGGCAAAUUAAUUUGAAAGUUAGUUAAUCGUAACCUCAUAUUGUUAAAUGUUGAAGAAUAAAAAAUAUUGUAUCACCAAUGUUCAGGUACAAAAAAAAAAUUGAAAUCUAAAAAAACGAUGAUAAGAAUGUUAUGUUUUGACUGUUAUUAAUUGGGAGUGCCCGUUUACUGAAGUUCUAAUAAAAGUGUGAACUCCACCAAAAAAA